AUGUCGCUCGCGCUCGCGACGCGCGCGAGCGCGCGCGGCGGCCCGCGCGCGUCGCGCUCGGUGGAGAAUAAAUCACGGGUGAAUCCACGCGCGUGUCGCGCGCGCGCGUCGCGUGACGACGGAUCGAGCGGACGAAUUCCAUCGAAUUCGACGAACGGGACGACGCGCGCCGACGACGGCGACGGCGAGGACGCGCGCGCGCGCGCGCCGACGACGAGCGGACGUACCGGUGACGACGGACGCGCGCGCGCGAGCGGUGCGCGCGCGUCGAGCGAAGGCGCGGAUGCGACGCGAGAGGUGGCGAGAGGACGACGCGCGAGCGCGCGAGGUUCGGGGGCGAGCGCGCGAGGGGCGAACGAACGCUCGAUGCCCGCGAACGGGGGCGACGGGAUGCAUCUUGAACGAAAGGGGCGUCGCGGAGGGGGUCGAGCGCGCGAGCGCGAGGUGACGCUCACGCGUGGGCUCAUUUUGAAUAAGCUCGUGGUGACGCGCGCGAGCGGCGCGCGCUUGGGUUCGGCGUGCGAGCUCUGGGUCGAUACCGAUUCCUGGGACGUGGUCGCGAUGGACAUUCGCGAGAAUGCGUUCGUGGGCGUCGUUGAUCACGUUCUCUUGGAGUCUCUGAGGCAGGUCGGGGAUGUUAUUUUGGUCCACGACGAGAGCGCGGUGGAGCGACGGUGGAGCUCGUACGGGUACACGACCGUCGUCGGUAAGGACGUCGUGAGCGAGAGCGGGCAGUUCAUCGGAAGAGUGCGAGAUUACGAGUUUAAUCCCGAGGAUGGGUCGAUCGCGCGGUUGAUCGUCGACGCCUGGGGCGUUCCCACGGUUCCCGAGGGCGUCAUCUCGACGUACGCCGUGGACAUCAGAGAGGUGAUUCGAUGCGGUCAAGAGCGCAUCAUCGUCAGCGAGGGCGCGGAGAGUCGCGUGGAACAAUUGAGUGUGAGCGUUUUACAGCGCCUAUCGCUCACCGUUCCCCCGUGGGAAGAGGAGAUGGAGGCGUACGGGGAUCCGUAUUACGACGACGCGUACGAGUACGCGUCGAGAGCGCCUCCGCGCGCGCGUCGCGUCGCCGCGGACGAGUACGCCGCGUUCUCCGAGCGUCGACGUCGCGAACCAACGCGCGAGAACGCCGCGAGAUCGUCUCGCGCGCGCGAGGGCAUACCCCUCGUGCGUCCGACGCAACCGUACGAGCGUCGGGACGUCGACGGCGGCUACGGCGACCGCCCCGGUUUCUCCGACUGGGUCAUCCGCGACCGCGACGAUCGAAGAGAAACCGUGGACGCGUACUGGGACCGUCCCGUGCGUCGGACGUCCGCGGCGGCAUCGAGACCGCGAUACGUCGACCGCGCGAGCGACGCCUCGCGCCGCCGAGACGACGCCCGCGCCGCGCCCCGCCCACCCCGCGACGGCGCCUUCUUCGACCGCGAGGACAUGUUGUGA